AUGAAGAAGGAAGCCAGAGACGAGAUUAUCGAACAUGCGGCACAAAUCAAGAAGCUCGUCCAUGACCCGAGCAGCUUUCUGACAGAACUCCAUAUCCAGCAGCAACAAUACUAUAGUAUUCAAUGGCUCACUCACUUCGAAAUAUUGGGCCAGGUACCUCUACCUCCAAAUGAAGUAUCGUAUCACACAGUGGCAGAGAGCCUCAAAGUCCCAGAGUCAGUCUUGCGUUCCGUCGCUCGUAUGGCAAUGACAGCUGGUUUCCUUUGCGAAAGUCCAAACGGUAACCUUUCCCACACUACUCUCUCUGUAUCCUUCGUCGAGGACGAACACAUGCGGGUUCAGUUGAGACACAUGUUCAAUGCUACUAUCCCCGUCAUGGCUGGGCUAGUAAAGGCGACAGAAAAGUGGGGAGAUACCCGGGCGCCUAAUGAGACAGCAUACAAUAUCGCAAACAACACAGAUCUCCCAUUUUUUGCACAUUUGAAGGCACAUCCUCACCUCCAGAAGAACUUCGAGGACUACAUGAAGAGUCGAGCAGUCUCUCAUACCGGAUCCAAUGCAGCGUACUUGUUAGAAGCCUUUGAUUGGAAAGCAUUAGGAAAUGCAAAGGUUGUGGAUGUCGGUGGAAGUAGUGGGUCUACCGCUAUCAUGCUAGCGAAAGCUUACUCACACCUAAACGUCGUUGUGGAAGAUCUCCCUGGUCCUAUCUCAAACGCACAGAGUCUUAUCAGCAACUUGCCGGAUGAUGUUCGAUCGCGUGUCAAGGCUUGCGAGCAUGACUUCUUUCAGCCGCAGCCUCAUCCGGGCGCAGACGUUUACCUUCUGCGCACUAUUCUGCAUGAUUGGCCAGAUGCCGACGCAACCAAAAUAUUAAAACGUCUCGUGGAUGCCAUGGCACCAUCAAGCCGCCUGUUGAUCAUGGAUAUGGUACUUCCUAAGUCUGGUUCUGGAUCAAGUACACACGAAGGUGCGUUACGCCAAAAGGACCUGAUGAUGAUCGGUACUUUCAAUGCCAAAGAACGGGAGGAAGAGGAGUGGAGGGAUCUGUUGAGAAAGGCGGAUCCCAGACUGAUUGUUCGGGCCAUCCGACGCCCGGCUGGCAGCGAACUUUCCGUGAUUGAGGCUGUUCUCGGGCAUGAUGAGACGAACGGAAACUACACUAACGGCAUUCACUAA